GUCACUGGUGAGGACCGGUUCUGACCCAGUUAAACUGCUGGGUUCUGACUGGUUCGGUUCGGUUAGAAAAAAAAAGUGAGUGAAGGUGGGAUGACGUCACACUUCCCACAAUCCUCCCCGCCCCGCAGCUCAGACCCUCUCAGGCCUCGAGUCUCAGCAGAAACUACAGAACCAGAACCGAACCUGCGGAUCGAACGGAACCAGACGGGAGUCGCUGCAGACGGGAGCUUUAUUGGACUCUCCCGGUCCGGUUCGGGCUCGGUUCCGGGUCUCUGCUUGUCCUCGGGUUUGGACCGGGACUCAAUGCGGAGCUGGAAACUUUUUGGACAGUAAAGAUGCUGAACAGUACUUCCUGCUCACCACCAGCUGUAGCUGUUGGGACAGGGUGAGGAGGAGGAGGAGGAGGAGACGUGAAGAAGAGGAGCGAUCGGCUCGGAGUCACGGAGUGGGAACUUCAAACACGCAAGGACUUUUAACACCCAUGGAUUUUGUCUUUCCUCGAUGCUUCCACUGGAUUGUUGGCCUUAACCUUUGAGCACCCGGCCACCRCCUCUGGUUUUAACGACUCCCACCCACACCCAGAUUCCCACUUUGAGCCUGCGAGGCAGGGGGAACCGCAGACCACCCUUCAUGGCAGCGGCACUCUAGGGCUGCCAUGGCAGCUGCUGCCGCUGAUGCCUCACACUGUAUUACCGCACUGACGCCGGAGGAAGAGAGACGACGCACUGCCGCCAAGCUGUUCCGGAYCGCCGCCCCGCUGCCACGGACAGAGGAAGAGAGGGAAGAGAAAGAGGAGGAAGCAGGAAGAGUGAGUGGGAGCGAGUGUCUGGUGUGCGGGGCUCUGUUCGCCUCACAGGAGAAGCUCCGGCUUCACACCUCCAGUCACACGGGAGAGAAACCUUUCCACUGCUCACAGCCGCWCUGUCCCAAGGCCUUCAGCUCCAAGUACAAACUCUUCAGGCAUAUGGCCACACACUCUCCGCAGAAGACCCAUCAGUGCUCGUUCUGUGAAAAAAUGUUCCACCGCAAAGACCACCUGAAGAACCACCUGCAGACACACGACCCCAACAAAGAGGCCUUCAAGUGUGAGGAGUGUGGGAAGCACUACAACACCAAACUGGGAUACAAACGCCAUGUGGCCAUGCACUCUGCAACUGCAGGGGAUUUGACUUGUAAAGUGUGCAUGCAGAGCUACGAGAGCACGCCUGUCCUCCUGGAGCACCUCAAGAGCCACUCGGGGAAGUCCUCGGGCGGCACCAAGGAGAAGAAGCACCCGUGCGACCACUGCGACCGACGUUUCUACACACGGAAAGACGUGAGACGGCACAUGGUGGUCCACACGGGUCGGAAGGACUUCCUGUGCCAGUACUGUGCCCAGCGCUUCGGCAGGAAGGACCACCUGACGCGCCACGUGAAGAAGAGCCACUCGCAGGAGCUGCUGAAYAUCAAGACGGAGCCGCCGGACAUGUUGGGUCUUUUAGCGAGRGGCUCUCCGCCGUGUGCCGUCAAGGAGGAGCUCAGCCCGAUGAUGUGCAGCAUGGGGUCCAACAAAGACCCCAUCAUGAGCAAACCGUUCUCCAGCGGGGGGGCGCCUUUUCCAAUGAACAUGUACAACCCCCACCACCUCCAGGCCAUGUCGAACUCCGGGGUGGGCCACCCACACCCGUCCCUCAUGCCCAACACUUUAUCCGCAGCUAUGGGCAUGGGCUGCCACAUGGAGUCCCCUGCCUCCAUUCACCCACACUCCCAUCARCACCACCACCACCARCACCARCACCACCACCAUUCCCCUCCCCCACACCAUCAGCCUGCGGCUCCCCAGCAGCAGCACCAGCCCCAGCCGGUGCCCAAAUACCAGCUGGGAUCUACCUCAUACCUGCUGGAAAAGCCCUUGAAAGUGGAAAUGGAGAGUUUCCUCAUGGAUCUGCAGAGUGGCCUGCCAGGCCCAGUUCCAUCUGCAGAACCUCACGCUGCUGCCUCGUCCCCCAAGGACGGACUGGAGCCCACCUCGGGGCUGGCAGAUGAACUUUGCGGGGAUCCCCUCUUGUCGAAGAGCCCUGCGGUGAUCGCCGAGUCUUUGUGUGCUGCUAACAUGGACUUCUCCCACCUGCUGGGUUUCCUGCCCCUGAACCUUCCUCCAUACAGCGCCCCCAUGAGCACGGGAGGUCUGGUCAUGGGCUACACCUCAUCCGCGACCUCCUCUGCACCUUCCUCCUCUGCCUCAGCGCUGCACGUUGCCGAGCCCCACGCAGUCGCCGCCACGGCACCUCUUACCUCUCUACAACCACAACCUCAGGAGCAGCAGAGCUCCAGUCUAGGCCUGGGGUCCCUGCACCCACUGCCACCAGUGUUCAGCUCCAGCAUCAGCACCACCACGCUGCCUCGUUUCCACCAGGCCUUCCAGUGACUGAGGCAGCUGCUGCCCAGCCAAGAUGGCUGCCACACCAGCCCGAGCUCAGCUUGGACAUCCUGGGCUGUCGGUCUUUACCAGGCCUGAUCAAAGAGUUGGAGAAUUAGAAUAAAGAAUAAGUACACAACAAACACUUAGAAGCCUUAAAUGAAAGUGCGCACAAAAGCUUUUGAUUGAGCCUUAAAAGGAAGUUGAACCCCUUUGAGCAAUAAGGAAAACACAAGAAAAGAAUUUGAAGCAGCUUUUAUUUGGGCUUUCCCCCUCCUUAUUUUAUAGCUAUAACAACGUAUUAACCCAUGUUUUUUCUUUUAACUUCUAUAUCUUUUCUCUCCCURUCUCACACGUUUUUAGUAGUUAUAGAGGGCAGGAUCAGUAGGCCAAAAGGCGUGGUGCUGCAUACUUUCGAAAAUAAUAUAAAAAAAAUUAAAAAUCAAAGAUAAAUUUUAGUGGAGAUUAUGUCUUGUUGUGACCCUGAAAAAUAUAGUUUGAAGUGGAUCUUUUGUUUUACUUAAUUCUCUUUUUUAAAAUGUAAAAAAAAACAGCGUCUCGAGUUUUGAAACCGCUGAUGCCAAUAACUCAAACUGCCARGAUUUAAAUGGAAAACGGAGAUUAGUGUGGGAACAAUGAAAUGUAGAUGAACCUUUACUUAUUUUUUUAUUCCCCCCCACAAACAUGGCUUAGCCAGAAAACAACCUCAGGCUUUAAAAAAGUGCUCUUCAAGCCAAGUUAAAACCAAUCUACUCUUAGAGUUAAAUAAUUUCGGAGUAAUGCAAAUUGAAAAAUAAGACGUGAAAGUUUGAACUCAGUAACUGCUUUUUAAAAAAAAUUGUUCCUCAAGAGAAGCACUUUUUUGUUGUUGUUUCUUUUCGCGGAAAGCACUUCACUUUUUGUUUCCUCCUUCCUCAAACCUUUGUACAAACCCCAGCACGUGCCAACAAAGAAAAAAAACAACAAAUAAUUCAGUCUUUGUUUUUAAAAUUUUAAACCCUUGUGUUUGCACCAAAACAAGAAGUUCCUAACUGAGUGCGCGGAUUACAAAUCCAUGUGCGCAGUUCGCAAAAUAUAACCUCUGUUUUUAUUUCCACACCUAGCUGGAUCGGUGCGUACUUUUGUAAGUUCUUGAAAGUAGAACGACUGCUUUUUCUCCUAAGAAAUACCUUUUAAAAGUUCCCGUAAUCGUAAUAUUUGCAGCGGUUUUCUUAGCUGCCCGACAUAUCUAUUAAAAAUAAAUAAAUAUAUAUAUACAUCUAUAUUUUUUUGAGAUAUACUCCAAACUCAUCUUUAGGCAGUCUUUUUAAAAGAUGCGUCAUCAUGGUAAUGGUGAACCCUGAGAUAUGUGAAUGGCUAUAUAAAAUGAAAAAUUAAAAAAAACAUAGGAGUUACAGUGAUAGAUGAGUAAAAAUGUGUUUAAGAAUGUUAUUGCAGUGUACGAAAUAUCUCAUAAAUGAAUAUUAUUAUUGCUUAUCUCUAUAAAGGUGUAUUUUAGGUAGAUGUAUUAAAACUAAGUGAUGUUUUUGAUGUCUGGCAGGUUUACAUUUGUGUGUAUCUUGCAUUUUUCUUUUGAUCAAGAAAAGGAUGAAGUAUUAGCUUUCCCCACUCUUAAGUUUUCUGURGAACCUGAUCCUUACUUUUACAUGUACUUGAGUUAGUUUAGUGGAACCAGAUCUGUGGAUGGGAAAUAUUUAUAGAAAGAAGGCUGUUUAGUGGCUACAGUUAGGAUUUGAGCUAGAGGUAGAUUGUGUUGUAGGGAUGUUUAUGCGGACGACCUAUAAGUAUUUCAAACUGUAGGUCUUGGAGUUCUAACCUUUCAAGAGCCUCUAAAAUAAUCGCAGCCCAAAGUUAACCAUAAGCCUCAAAAUAGGUGCCUUUUUAAAUGAUUCAUUUGCUGCUGUAUUURCCUAUUAGUGUGUUUACUGUGUUUUUAAAAUAUGUUUUAGUGCUGGCUUUGCCACUGUUUUAUUCAACGUUUGGAAAUUCACGUAAAGUAACAAAUAUUGAAACUAAAUUUGAAGUCACUUUACUUUCACGAUCUAUUGUUGUCAGUAAAUUGUUAUAAAGUAACACAAUUCCUUU